AUGGAGGAACAACCAACCUCGCCGAACUUGUCCGCUUAUGUUUUCGACCAUUCAGCAUCAGUGCUCCGUAACCAUCAAUGGCGCACGCCGUCCAACUCUGCAUCAUACGUUUUACCUCACCUGAAACCUGACACGAUAAUCCUAGAUGUCGGAUGUGGCCCAGGCACUAUUACAACGGGAUUUGCCCAACUUGUCCCACAAGGUCGCGUUGUCGGACUAGACUGCGUCUCUCAUCCUCUUAUUUACGGCCGCAAACUAGCUCAAGACUUAGGCUUAUCGAAUUUAGAAUUCUGCCUGGGCGAUGUCCACUCAUUGCCAUUCGCAGACGCAUCUUUUGACGUCGUCCACGCACAUCAAGUUCUCCAACACGUCGCAGACCCUAUCCGAGCGUUGCGUGAGAUGCGCCGUGUGGCUAAACCAGGGGGCCUAGUUGCGGUGUCCGAAACAGCCUCCAUAACUUGGUACCCUCAUAUAGAUGGGAUCCAAAAAUGGUGGGACCUUCAAAACCGUGUGGCACGAGCCAGGGGUGCAAACCCGCACCCAGGAAGCUUUCUGCAUACUUGGGCAAACGAGGCAGGAUUUGGGCACAACCAAGUCAGGUGUACGACUGGUUCUUGGUGCUUCCAAACGCCCGAGGAGAGGGCUAUUUGGGGCACAAGCAUGGCCGAGCGCACUCAAGACUCAACUUUCUCGAGAAUCGUGCUGGAGAAUAAGUUUUGUACGGCUCAGGACUUGACCGACCUCGCGCAGGCCUGGCGAGACUGGGCCAACAACGAUAACGCAUGGUUAGGUCUACUCCACGGACAAAUCAUCUGCCACGUUUAG